AUGCCCCCCAGCCCGACGUCGACCUAUUACGCCAUUGGUGGGGACGCUGUACGUCUGUCUACUCAAUCUGAUACUGCCAGAGAGGCCUAUAUCACGAGUGACCCAUGUCGGCGGUGCGCAAAUAUAGACGGCCUCGUCCAGACUGCUGCAUACCCCACGCGACAUGGUUCCAGCUCUGUUCGCUCGAGCAGAACAUGGGCUUCACCCAUUUGCAUUCGGAUUGCCCGAGGUAUCGCCAUUCCCUGUUGCGCAAGCUUGCGGCGCAGGCUGUGGCUGAUGCAUCAGAUCCGGGGCUAUUGGGGCUAUCCCCCUCUGCUCCUAGUGCGUCCCAGUCGUCGGGCUAGCGUUACGGGACGCACAGCAUCCGGCCGAGUGGGUGCUUUGUUUCGCUGA